CAGAGCGAGACACUGAGUGGUUAAGAUCCAUUUUUGCAGCAUGCUGAUAUCUCAGCAGUGCGUCCUGUGCAUCGUCCAGCUCGUUAUGAUUACAAAAUACAGCACGUGGGCCAAAAAUAUAAACUUCCAUAAUGUGAGACCGCCAGUCGAUCCCACGCCGUUCCCUAACAGCUUCAAGUGUUUUACCUGUGAAAAGGCUACAGAUAAUUACAACUGCAACCGAUGGGCUGAGGAUAAAUGGUGUCCUGCAAAUACCCAGUAUUGCAAGACUGUGCACCACUUUACAAACCAUGGAAAAAGUAAAUCUGUUACCAAAAAAUGUGCUACAAGAGAGGAAUGUCAUACCGUGGGAUGUCACCAUCACAGGGACUCUGGGCAUAUGGAAUGCAUUUCUUGCUGUGAUGGAAUGAUUUGCAACGUGGACGUUCCAACGAAUCACACAAAUGCUUUAUUCUAUGCCGUAAGGUCUCAUCAGAAUUCCGGUGUUUCUAGGACAGCUGGCCACCUGUGCAAUGUUUUACUGGCUGUUUUCAUUCUUGUGUUACUCUAACAUCUGCACAAGCAUAGUUUACAUGAAGCGCAAUUUAGAAACAGGUUCGUCUGAAAGAGAAGUGACUCUUUGUGCGACAUCACAUACUUGAAUAUAAAAUGGAAAACAGCGCAUAUUU